UACUAUACUCUGUGGUCAGGGACCAGCACUCUUGUAUAAUUUUAUUUAGGUUAUACUACUUAUACAAAAUUGCUUAAUACUGAACAACUUAAGAAUUCUACUUGAAAUUUAAAGCCUAAAGGUGAAAAUGAUUCCUCGUCUAUCUUAUUUAGUAAAUGUAUUGAAAAAUUUAGAAAGAAACAUUUUUCAAUCAUUUGGUUACCCUCCAAGAGAACUAGCUUUGGCUUAUACUCAUCAAAAACAGUUACCUCAACAGCAAACAAAAUUUAACUUGAAAGAUUUAAUUGGAGAUGGUAUUUUAUUAGCUGUACCUAAGUUCAGACGUACGAUAGAAAGAAGAUGGAAAAGAAAAUAUGGCAGCCCUGAGUAUGGAUUGAAAAUACUUCUCCCAAAAACAAAUAUUGCUGUGUGUAAUGAAUGUGGGCACCAUUAUGAGCGUGGACGCCUUUGUGGCAAUUGCUACAAAAGAACAGAAAUUGAAACAAAAGAAAUUCAAGCAAAAAUUGAAGAGAAACUUGGAAAUAAUAAACCAAUUCAAAAUGAUGUCAUUGUAUUGUAUGAUGGAGAAAAUCUUCCAGAUCAGCCAAAAGAAUUCUGGCAAGGAAAAAGGAUUAUUGAAAUGAAAAAAGAAAGACCUCAGUGGUUUAGUAAGAAUCUUUUGCAGAAAUCAACUCAGCAACCUUCGGAGUUGAAAGAUGUUAAGCCUACUGACUUAGCAUAGUAUUUUUUUUAUGUAUAACAUUAGUAAUAGAAGUAUAAUAAAUAAUGUAUAUUAGUAUAAAUAUAAACAAUUUUUUUAUUUAAUUGUAUAAUUUCUGAUCUUUGUGCAAUUUCAUUGUAGUUUUUUCAAAUGUAUUUUUUGACUAAAACUUAUAAAAACAGAGAAUUAUUAAAUAGUUUAAUAAAUAAAGAUAUAUACAAUAUAAAAAUCAUUAACCAAUGCCAUGCAAAUUUACUUUCAUACACUAAAAUUGCUUAAAUGUUUAUCUGUUAUGUUAAAAAUAAAUAGUUUCUACAAAUUAUAAUAUUAUAAAAUCA